UUUCUCGGACAGUUUGAUAGCAUAGAGCAGUGGGAAUGAAUAUUCACUAUCACAAAUUAUACAGAUAAAAAAGAAAUCUGUUCAUUAUUAUCAGAAAUAAACGCUGCGCUAUUCACUGUGAACAAGCCGACAUGAUAAUAUUAUAUACCAUUCCAGUUGCCCUUCAGUCGGAGAUAAAACUGAUUGACAGGAGUACCAAGCACUUGCAAUUUCAGAUUCUUGAGGGGACGAGGUGCUAAUUGGAGUUCGUCCACAGUGUGAAGGAAAUAAUCAGCAGCGGCGUGAGUUUAUUAGUUCAGUCGCUACUCUCCCGAAAGCCGCCCUUUGUGGCGAACACAAACAACUAGAAUAUGGAAAAACCGAUGAAGCAAAUUAUGGCCGUUUGCCGCACAGAACGCGUCUGGCUGCGCGAGAUCCUGGCCGAGUUUUUAGGAACGUUUUUCCUCGUCUUCAUCGGCAACAAUUCAGUGGCACAGAAGGUGCUGAGCGAAGAGAAAUACGGUCAGUUCCUCUCGAUCAAUUUCUCGUAUGGCAUUGGAGUGAUGGUCGGCGUUCUGGUGGCCGGUGCCGCGUCCGGCGGCCACCUCAACCCCGCGGUCACCUUCGCAUUGGCCGCCGUCGGAAAGUUUCCCUUCAGAAAAGUGCUGUACUACAUGCUGGCGCAGUACUUGGGCGCCUUCGUCGCCGCCGCCUGCACCUACAUGAUUUACAUCGACGCGCUUCAGAAUUUUGACGGGGGAAUCCGACAAAUUGCUGGAGAGAAGGGCACUGCAGGAAUCUUUGCGACCUAUCCGCAAGAUUAUUUGUCACUGGGAGUCGGAUUCGUGGAUCAGGUUUUGGGAACAGCAGUUCUUCUGGCUAUGAUUUGUGCUAUAACAGAUCCGAGGAACCAGGUCGUGUCGCGGGGGAUGGUUUCAGUUCUAGUCGGAAUGGUGGUUGUGGCUAUCGGCGUGUCGUUGGGUUACAAUUGCGGCUACCCCAACAAUCCGGCCAGGGACCUGGCGCCCAGGUUUUUCACUGCAAUCGCUGGCUGGAGUUUUGAUGUGUUUUCGUACGAGUAUUGGAGUUGGAUACCAGUUCUCGGCCCCCACGUUGGAGCACUUUUAGGCACGGCCGUCUAUAUGUUCUUUGUUGAGAUGCACUGGCCCACAGCAGAGAGCAUUACCACGAAGUCGUGAAAUCUGUUUUAUUUUCUAAAGAGUACAAAAAAAAAUCAUACACUCAAAACUUCUAAAAUAAAUGCAUCACAUUUUCACAGA